AUGGCUGGCUGGAGUAGGUUCUUCCGGCCCUCGAGAGGAGAGGAGGUGCCCCGUCCUUCGUUUGGGGCUGUCGAUGAGAAGCACGGCAACAUCGACGUCACUGUCCAGGAAUCCAUCUCCGUGGCCCCGGAUGGGACCGGCGCGGCAAAGAUCCAGGCCGCUGAGGCCGUGAGUGGGCGGAAAGGCAGAUAUUUGCUCUUUGCGGGGCUUGCGAUGAUGAUGGUCAUAUAUGAACUGGACAACUCGACCGUGGGAACGUAUCGCAACUUCGCCACGUCGGACUUCGAUGCCCUGGCCGAGCUGGCAACGCUGAAUACCGCGGCAAGCAUCAUCUCCGCCGUCACCAAGCCCCCGAUUGCCAAGGUCUCCGAUGUCCUCGGGCGAGGCGAGGCGUAUGUAUUCACCGUCACCUGCUAUGUGGUUUCCUACAUCCUCUGCGCCUCCUCGAAGACCUUCAACACCUAUGCAGGGGGCUACGUUCUUUACUCUAUCGGGCAGGCUGGCACGUCCUUUCUCAAUGCCACGAUAGUCUCGGACCUGUCCUCGAUGCGAUGGAGAGGGUUCGCCUACAAUAUUCUCUACCUCCCAUUCCUCGUCAUGCCGUGGGUGUCCGCGUUCAUUGUAGAAAGCGUGGUGAACGGCAUUGGCUGGCGUUGGGGCAUCGGCAUGUUCGCCAUCCUGAUGCCAUUCGGGGCCAUCUUCAUCAUCACCACUCUUCUCGUCUUUCAGCAGCGGGCCAAACGCUCGGGUCUCGUCCUGAAAGAGCAGCUGAAUGCGUAUGAAUUUUGCUCGCGCAUUGAUCUGGGGGGCCUCCUCCUUCUCAGCGGCGGGUUCGCCUUGGUGUUACUCCCCAUCACACUGGCCGCUACUGCCGCUAGCCGGUGGAAGACGGCCUGGGUCGACGCUCUGAUCGCUGUGGGGGUGGUGAUCCUCGCUUGUCUGUAUCCGUACGAGAAAUACAUUGCCCGACAUCCCGUGGUCCCGGUGCGCUAUUUCCGCAACCUUUCCGUGGUGAUCCCCGUGAUUUUGGUUUGCAUCGACAACAUCAGCUUCGGCGCCACGCAUACCUACUUGUACGUCUGGUCCGAGGUGUCACACAACUUCUCGGCGCGCAAUGCGCAGUUCCUCUACUAUACCAACGGGGUCAUGCAGGCUCUGGUCGGCAUGGCCACCGGCCUGCUGAUGUACCGAAUGCGGUCCUACAAGUGGAUUGGGGUCGCGGGGGCGGUCGUGCGGAUGGUCGGGUAUGGCGUGAUGGUCCGCCUUCGCACGAAUAAAAGCUCCGUGGCAGAGCUGUUCAUCGUGCAACUCGUCCAAGGCGUGGGGAGCGGCAUUAUCGAGACGAUCGGCGUGGUUGCCGCCCAGAUCUCAGUGUCGCAUGCCGAAAUGGCCCAGGUCACCUCGUUGGUCAUGCUGGCCGCGUACCUGGGCAACGGGAUCGGGUCUGCGAUCGCAGGCGGGAUCUACUCGGGACAGCUGCGCCAACAGCUCCGGUCGCAUCUGGGGGCCGGAGUGAGUAAAGACACCGUGGAUCGGCUGUAUGACUCGAUUACUGGAACGCUGCCCGCGUGGGGGUCUGCAGAACGAACCGCGAUAGACCGAGCUUAUUCCGAUGUGAUGGGGACCAUCACCAUCGCCGCGCUGGCCUUCUCGGCCCCCAUCGUCGUCUUCGCGCUGCUCUUGCCAAACAAGAAACUUGGGGAUGGACACAAUCUUGUGCAACAAGAGCCUAUCCGCUCGGAAUCUACCCUAGUGGACGAGAAAGGAGCCGGGGAGAGGUGAUCUGGACGCAGUGACGAUCAUGAUUAUGUGGUGGUUGAAUACAAGAUACUGGAUAUGACGGAUGAUUUCAAUAAACAACUUGAUUCAAGGAGCGGGUAAACUACUGCUUUGGCGUUGAGAGAGCGCGUUCUUGACUGUUUUGGAUCUUAUGAUCGUCGCCCAGGACAUGGUCUCGAAGGUCU